AUGGGGGCCCAAAGUGAGGACAUGACCAAGACUUCGAUCCUCCCGGAGAGGCCGAGGUGCGCCUGGCCAGGCGGCUUCAUGCAGCGACAGUUCGGGGCCAUGCUCCAGCCCGGGGUCAACAAAUUCUCCCUGAGGAUGUUUGGCAGCCAGAAAGCUGUGGAGCGGGAGCAGGAGAGAGUUAAGUCAGCCGGGUUUUGGAUUAUCCACCCCUACAGCGACUUCAGAUUCUACUGGGACCUGACCAUGUUGCUGCUGAUGGUGGGGAACCUGAUCAUCAUCCCUGUGGGCAUCACCUUCUUCAAGGAUGAGAACACCACACCCUGGAUUGUCUUCAAUGUGGUGUCAGACACAUUCUUCCUCAUCGACUUGGUCCUCAACUUCCGCACAGGUAUUGUGGUGGAAGACAACACAGAGAUCAUCCUGGACCCACAGCGGAUUAAGAUGAAGUACCUCAAAAGCUGGUUUGUGGUGGAUUUCAUCUCCUCCAUCCCUGUGGACUACAUCUUCCUCAUUGUGGAGACACGCAUCGACUCAGAGGUCUACAAGACAGCCCGGGCCCUGCGCAUCGUCCGCUUUACCAAGAUCCUCAGCCUCCUGCGCCUUCUGCGUCUCUCCCGCCUCAUUAGAUACAUUCACCAGUGGGAAGAGAUCUUCCACAUGACCUACGACCUGGCCAGCGCCGUGGUGCGCAUCGUGAACCUCAUCGGCAUGAUGCUCCUGCUGUGCCACUGGGAUGGCUGCCUGCAGUUCCUGGUCCCCAUGCUGCAGGACUUCCCUGACGACUGCUGGGUGUCCAUCAACAACAUGGUGAACAGCUCCUGGGGAAAGCAGUAUUCCUAUGCCCUGUUCAAGGCCAUGAGCCACAUGCUGUGCAUCGGAUAUGGACGGCAGGCGCCUGUGGGCAUGUCCGACGUGUGGCUCACCAUGCUCAGCAUGAUUGUGGGCGCCACCUGCUACGCCAUGUUCAUCGGCCACGCCACUGCCCUCAUCCAGUCCCUGGACUCCUCCCGACGCCAGUACCAGGAGAAGUGUAACACAGAGGGACCAAUAUUUCGAGGAAACUUCAUUGACUUCCAGGAGAUCAUCAACUUUAACUGCCGGAAGCUGGUGGCCUCCAUGCCACUGUUCGCCAACGCAGACCCCAACUUCGUGACAUCCAUGCUGACUAAGCUGCGCUUCGAGGUCUUCCAGCCGGGCGACUACAUCAUCCGAGAAGGCACCAUCGGCAAGAAGAUGUACUUUAUCCAGCACGGCGUGGUCAGCGUGCUCACCAAGGGCAACAAGGAGACCAAGCUGGCAGAUGGCUCCUACUUUGGAGAGAUCUGCCUGCUGACACGGGGCAGGCGCACAGCCAGCGUGCGGGCCGACACCUACUGCCGCUUGUACUCGCUGAGUGUGGACAACUUCAAUGAGGUGCUGGAGGAGUACCCCAUGAUGCGGCGGGCCUUCGAGACCGUGGCGCUGGACCGCCUGGACCGCAUUGGCAAGAAGAACUCCAUCCUCCUCCACAAAGUCCAGCAUGACCUCAACUCAGGUGUCUUCAACUACCAGGAGAAUGAGAUCAUCCAGCAGAUUGUGCAGCACGACCGCGAGAUGGCUCACUGUGCGCAUCGCGUUCAGGCUGCCACCUCCGCCACCCCGACCGCCACGCCUGUCAUCUGGACCCCGCUGAUCCAGGCACCACUGCAGGCUGCUGCCGCCACCACUUCUGUGGCCAUAGCCCUCACCCACCACCCACGGCUGCCCGCUGCCAUCUUCCGCCCUCCCCCGGGCCCCAAGCUCAGCAGCCUCGGGCCUGGGCAGACACCCAGGCAUCUGAAGCGGCUGCAGUCUCUCAUCCCUUCUGCACUGGGCUCUGCCUCACCCACCAGCAGCCCAUCCCAGUUGGAUACACCAUCUUCCUCCUCCUUCCACAUCCAACAGUUGGCUGGAUUCUCCGCCCCUGCCGGACUGAGUCCUCUCCUGUCUUCGUCCAGCUCUUCGCCACUUCCCGGGGUCUGUGGCUCUUCUCCUGCUCCCACACUAUCCGCCAACACAGCUUCCACCACCAUAGCCGGAUUUGGCCUCUUCCACAAAGCACUGGGCGGCUCCCUGUCCUCAUCUGACUCACCCCUGCUCACCCCACUACAGCCAGGCACCCACUCCCCACAGGCUAACCAGCCACUACCUUCACUACCAGGGGCCCAGGGAAGCCUGGGACUCCUGGAACAUUUCCUGCCACCCCCACCUUCAUCCAGGUCCCCAUCCUCUAGUCCAGGGCAGCUUGGCCAGCCUCCUGGGGAGUUGUCCCCAGGUCUGGCUGCUGGCCCACCAAGUACGCCAGAGACACCUCCACGGCAGCCUGAGCAGCCAUCCAUGGCAGGGGCCUCUGGGGAGGCUUCUCCUAUAGCCUUUACCCCCCGAAGAGGUCUCAGCCCCCCUGGCCACAGCCCAGGCCCCGCAAGAACUUUUCCAAAUGCUCCACCCCGGGCCUCUGGCUCCCAUGGUUCCUUGCUCCUGCCACCUGUAUCCAGCCCCCCACCACUCCAGGUUCCCCAGCGCUGGGGCACACCACCUCUCACCCCAGGCCGCCUCACCCAGGACCUCAAGCUCAUCUCAGCCUCUCAGCCGGCCCUACCCCAGGAUGGGGCACAGACCCUCCACAGAGCCUCCCCACACUCUUCUGGGGAGUCUGUGGCUGCCUUCCCGCUCUUCCCCAGAGCUGGGGGUUGCAGUGGGGGCCUUGGUCCCCCUGGGAGGCCCUAUGGUGCCGCCUCAGGCCAGCAUGUCACUCUGCCUCAGAAGACAUCCUCAGGUUCUUUGCCACCCCCUCUUUGUUUGUUUGGGGCAAGAGCCGCCUCUUCUGGGGCCCCCCCUCUGACUGCUGCUUCCCAGAGGGAACCUGGGGCCAGGGCUGAGCCAGUGCGAUCCAAACUGCCAUCCAAUCUAUGAGCUGGGGCCCCUUCCUCUCUUUUCUCUCUUCUUUCUUCCUUCAGGUUUAACUGUGAUUUAGGAGAUAUACCAAUAACAGUAAUAAUUAUCAUUUUAAAAAACUCACACCAGAAAAACAAGACAGCAGAAAAUAACCAGGUAUU